CCCGGCCAUGUUGAGCUCCAGUGCCAAGAUUGUCAAGCCCAACGGCGAGAAGCAGGAGUUCGAGUUGGGGAUCUCCCAGGCCCUGCUGGAGCUGGAGAUGAACUCGGACCUCAAGGCGCAGCUGCGGGAGCUGAACAUCACGGCCGCCAAGGAGAUCGAAGUUGGCGGUGGCCGGAAAGCUAUUAUUAUCUUCGUCUCCGUCCCGCAGCUGAAGUCUUUCCAGAAAAUCCAGGUGCGCCUGGUGCGCGAGCUGGAGAAGAAGUUCAGCGGGAAGCACGUCGUCUUCAUCGCCCAGAGGAGAAUUCUGCCUAAGCCAACUCGAAAAAGCCGUACGAAAAAUAAGCAGAAACGUCCCAGGAGCCGCACUCUGACCGCUGUGCACGACGCCAUCCUGGAGGACUUGGUUUUCCCAAGUGAGAUCGUGGGCAAGAGGAUCCGCGUGAAGCUGGACGGCAGCCGACUCAUAAAGGUCCAUCUGGACAAAGCUCAGCAGAACAAUGUGGAGCACAAGGUUGAAACGUUUUCUGGUGUCUAUAAGAAGCUCACAGGCAAGGAUGUUAAUUUUGAAUUUCCAGAGUUUCAGUUGUAAACAAACGACUAAAUAAAAUAUUAUUCUGAAAAAAAAAAAAAAAAAAAAAA